UGGCAAAACUCAAAUUCCACCAAUCUUCUCGAAGGUCUGGGACAUCUCAUCCAUGUCUCCCGCUCUCUUUCUCUCUCUUUCCCCUAUACCGAACCAUUCCCAAUUUCCCUCCAAUUCCAACUCACUCUCAAAUUCCUCCAUUCGCAUCUUAAACCUUCAACGGAUUCAUUCCUUCAAGCCUCCGCCCAUUUCCACCACCACCACCGCCACCACGAACCACCCAGAUCAUUCAAUCUCAUCACAGCCCGUUUCGGGUACCGAUGCCGCCAUUAAAAUGCCCACAGCUCCUUGGAUGAAAGGUCCUCUUCUUCUCCAGCCCAAUGAAGUCCUGGACCUCUCCAAAGCAAGACCCAAGAAAGUAGCCGGCAGUGCCGGAGCUGAAAAGCCUGACCGGUCUCUGACCGAGAAAGUGAGCGGCGGAAGAGGGGCGAAGGCAAUGAAAAAGAUCAUGCAAAGCAUUGUGAAACUUCAAGAAACUCACACUUCAGACGAGACACAAGAAAAUACAGAAGAAUUUGAAUUUGGGGUUUCACUUGAAGGGAUUGGGGGAGAUGAGAAUUCGAGAAUCGGCGGGAAAAUGCCGUGGUUGAAGACGGAGAAGGUUGUGUUUCGUCGGACGAAGAAGGAGAAAGUGAUGACUGCCGCGGAAUUGACUCUUGAUCCAAUGUUGCUGGAAAGAUUGAGAGGCGAGGCUGUGAAAAUGAGAAAAUGGGUGAAGGUCAAGAAAGCUGGGGUGACUGAGAGUGUUGUCGAUCAAAUUCACAUGGUUUGGAAGAGCGAUGAACUUGCCAUGGUCAAAUUCGACAUGCCUUUGUGCCGGAAUAUGGAUAGAGCGCGGGAGAUUCUUGAGAUCAAGACCAGAGGCUUGGUUAUUUGGAGUAAGAAAGACACUCUUGUUGUUUAUAGGGGAUCCAAUUAUCAGUCAACUUCAAAACAUUUUCAAAAGAUGCGUCCAGGACUUGUAGCUAGUGCAGAUGCUUCUAACUCAAAACUCAAUCAAUCAAAUUUUGAAGACGACCUUACAAUUUCUGAAAUAAAAUUUCAUGAAAGUACCACUGGUGAAAAGUUGGGCAGGAAGGAUGGAGAAGAGGACUCUUCACCCACUGGCAUAUUUAUGGAGGAAAUGGUGGAUUCUCAACCUGUAAAUGGGUCAUUGUAUGAGAGGGAAGCGGAUAGAUUACUAGAUGGCUUAGGACCUCGAUUUAUUGACUGGUGGAGGCCAAAACCUCUUCCAGUUGAUGCAGACUUGCUUCCAGAAGUGCUUCCUGGAUUUAGGCCUCCAUUCAGGCUUUCCCCACCUCAGACUAGAUCAAAGCUGACUGAUGAUGAAUUGACAUACUUGCGGAAGCUUGCUUACGCUCUACCAACUCAUUUUGUCCUUGGGAGAAACAGAAAGCUUCAAGGAUUAGCUGCUGCUAUAUUGAAAUUGUGGGAGAAAAGUCUGAUAGUAAAGAUUGCAAUAAAGUGGGGAAUUCCAAACACUAAGAAUGAGCAAAUGGCAAAUGAGCUCAAGUGUCUCACUGGAGGAGUUCUGUUACUGCGUAAUAAGUUCUUUAUCAUACUUUAUAGAGGCAAAGAUUUUCUUCCUUGUAGAGUUGCAAAUUUAAUAGUUGAGAGAGAAGUGGAGUUCAAAGGAUGCCAAAUUCGUGAAGAAGAUGCCAGGCUGAAAGCAAUUGAAACUUCCUUUGUGACUGAUGAACCGCUGGCAAACACUAGCACUACUGGAACAUUAUCAGAAUUCCAGAAUAUAGAAACAGAAUUCAGGGGCCUGAAAGAUGGAAAUACGGAGAUUGAAGUUGAAUUGGAAGCUGAAAAAGAAAGAUUAGAGAAGGAACUGAAAAAGCAGGAGCGCAAGCUUUUCAUUCUUAAAAUGAAGAUAGAGAGGUCAGCCAAAGUGUUAGCAAAGUUGAAUUCUGCUUGGAGACCUGCUGAUCAUGAUGCAGACAAAGAAAUGAUAACAGAAGAGGAGAGAGAAUGUUUCAGAAAGAUAGGACAGAAAAUGGAUAGCAGUCUCCUUCUUGGAAGAAGAGGGGUCUUUGAUGGUGUAAUUGAAGGCCUCCAUCAACACUGGAAGCAUAGAGAAAUAGUCAAGGUGAUCACAAUGCAGAGAUCAUUUUCACAGGUCCUUUAUACUGCAAAGUUGCUUGAAUCAGAAAGUGGAGGAGUUCUAGUUUCAAUAGACAAGCUAAAAGAAGGCCAUGCUAUAAUCAUCUAUCGUGGGAAAAACUACAGACGCCCUAUAAAGUUGGUGCCCAAGAAUCUUCUGACUAAACGAGAAGCAUUAAAUAGGUCCCUUGAAAUGCAGAGAAUUGGAUCACUUAAAUUUUUUGCAUAUCAGAGACAGCAGGCAAUCUCAGAUUUGAAGCUUAAACUGUCAGAUCUACAGAAAGGAAGCAGAAGAAUUGAUCAAAGAGAAUCUGAAAAGUUCACAAAGCAUGAGCCACCUGAUGUGCCAUAUCAUGAAUCCUAUUUUCAAGGGGUAAAAAGGUGUGGGUAUGCCAUCAGAGGGGAGUCCUCAGCUCACCAUCCUCCAAGUUAGCAAGUGUUCUUGGAAUCUUCAAAAUGUCUCUGGUAUAACAUACCCCAUGUCUUGCUUUAGCUUCUGCUGAGGCUGAAGAAGACUGCUGAAGACCUAUUGCCAACAGAAGAAGAAAAGAA